UAGCAGUUAGCAGACACUCUUUUUUAGUACGCCGUAACAAAAGCACGCAUCGGGUACGUGACUACUUGUGCUACUAUUUGUAAACAUUUAAUUCGUGAAUCAUCGGCUAUAGGCUUAAUAUAAUGGCCGAACGCCCUACCGCUAUCGCCUCGGCGUUGCUUUCACAGGAAAAACCUCUUGUUAAAAUAGGACAUUAUGCAUUGGGGGAGACCUUGGGAGUUGGCACCUUCGGCAAAGUCAAAAUCGGUGAACACCAAUUGACUGGGCACAAAGUUGCCAUAAAAAUUCUUAAUCGACAGAAAAUCAAGAAUCUGGAUGUUGUCGGCAAGAUCAGGAGAGAGAUUCAAAACCUGAAACUCUUCCGUCAUCCCCACAUCAUAAAACUGUAUCAAGUAAUCAGCACUCCAACUGACAUAUUCAUGAUUAUGGAAUAUGUUUCAGGAGGAGAAUUGUUUGAUUACAUUGUCAAACAUGGAAAGUUGAAGGAGCACGAAGCCAGGCGUUUCUUUCAGCAGAUCAUUUCAGGAGUGGACUACUGCCAUCGUCACAUGGUCGUUCACAGGGAUUUGAAACCGGAAAAUCUGCUACUAGACUCGAAUCUCCAUGUGAAAAUCGCCGAUUUCGGUCUGAGCAAUAUGAUGAUGGAUGGUGAAUUUUUACGUACAAGUUGUGGUUCCCCGAAUUACGCAGCACCCGAAGUCAUCUCGGGCAAACUUUAUGCUGGCCCAGAAGUGGAUGUCUGGUCUUGUGGUGUCAUCCUUUACGCUCUACUUUGUGGCACAUUGCCAUUUGAUGACGAGCAUGUCCCGACACUCUUCCGGAAAAUUAAAUCUGGAGUAUUUCCUAUACCAGAUUAUCUCAACAAAUCAGUGGUCAAUCUGCUUUGCCACAUGCUUCAGGUCGACCCUAUGAAGCGAGCGACGAUCGACGACGUCAAAAAACACGAAUGGUUUGCCAAGGAAUGUCCCGCCUAUUUGUUUCCUUCCCCGGUUGAACAGGAUACCUCUGUUAUCGACACUGAUGCCGUCUCUGAAGUUUGUGAGAAAUUCGGAGUUCGCGAACAAGAAGUGCACAGCGCUCUUUUGAGCGGAGACCCUCACGAUCAAUUGGCCAUUGCUUACCAUCUCAUUGUGGAUAAUAAGCGCAUCGCCGACGAGGCCGCCAAGGCUGAACUACGAGAUUUUUACAUCGCCGGUAGUCCUCCGCCAGCGGCUUUCAGUCCGGGCGACUCGAGCCCCACGCCGGGAUCGGGAGGCAUAAAACCUCAUCCGGAGCGCAUCGCACCUGCGUUCCGCGAGCGGGCAGCCAGUGCCGGCGAACGCACUGCACCCAAUAAAACGCCGAUAAAACGCGCCAAAUGGCACUUGGGCAUCCGAUCGCAAAGUAAGCCCCACGACAUCAUGUACGAGGUUUACAGAGCCAUGAAAACGCUGGACUUUGAAUGGAAGAUGGUGAAUCCGUUUCACGUUCGAGUGCGCAGCAAGAACCCGGUGAAUGGACGUUACGCCAAAAUGUCGCUGCAGCUUUACCAGGUCGACUACAAGUCGUACCUCCUGGACUUUAAGAGUCUCAGCACGGAUGAAAACGAACAUGUUAGUUCCAAUCCGGAUGUUUCUCAAUCACAGUUCUCCAUUGGUGGAGGCCACCCGACGAUGGAGUUUUUCGAAAUGUGUGCAUCUUUGAUUACGCAACUGGCCCGUUGAUCAAUACGUCUUUCUAUUAUAGCGAAGAUUGUCCAUAUUCUUUUCAAUUUCUUUUUUGUCUUUUACUUGUCCAGCUACUAACUGUUUCUAUUUCUCUCUCUCUCUCUUAAUAUUAUAAUCACGUUCGCUUUCCAUCGUAGAUUUAUCGUUAUAACUAGUCAACAAAUAAUAAUUACCCUGUUUGGAAAGAGGUCACGUUAAAGAAGACCUAUUCAUUCCCUUCCACACUACUA